CCACAGACUACACAGCAGACCACAGACAACACAGCAGACCACAGACAACACAGCAGAAAAGACAUCUCAGCAUCUCAAAUAAAACAGAAAUUAUCACAGCGAAAGCACAACAACAAAAUACUGGAAGAACACAGCUUUGACUCGUAACAUCUGAAAGCCGCAAUGAACAGGCCAAACUCCGGAGCAGGACUGGUGAGCGCCUCGCCCUUCACAACCGUCUCAGAGCUUAUCGCGCUGCGCGAGGCCUUUAAGUCCCUGCAGGUGGAAAACUACAAGCUCAAAGAAGAUGUGCAACGAGUUCAACAUCAACUUAAAGAGGAAGAAAAAGGGAAAAUGGAGGCAAAGAUGGAAGUAGAGAACAUAAAGAAGGAGCUGAGAGCAGUAAAGAAAGAAUUAGAAGAAGAAAAAAAAGGAAAAGAGCAUGUGGAGACGGAUGCGGAAGAUCUCAAAAAGAAACUACAGGAAGUGGAAGAAGCCCUAGAGGAGGAAGUCAAAGCAAGUCUGGAGGCUAAAGAUGAAAAUAGGAAAAUAAAGGAGGACUUGUUAGAAUUAGUCAAAGCAUUUGAAGAGGUAGAAAGAGAGGUGCAUGAGCGGGCAGAGGACGAAACCAAAACUGUGAAGCAGAAGCUACAGGAAGUGGAAGAAGCCCUAGAGGAGGAAGUCAAAGCAAGACUGGAGGCUAAAGAUGAAAAUAGGAAAAUAAAGGAGGACUUGUUAGAAUUAGUCAAAGCAUUUGAAGAGGUAGAAAGGGAGAUGCAUGAGCGGGCAGAGGACGAAACCAAAACUGUGAUGCAGAAGCUACAGGAAGUGGAAGAAGCCCUAGAGGAGGAAGUCAAAGCAAGUCUGGAGGCUAAAGAUGAAAAUAGGAAAAUAAAGGAGGACUUGUUAGAAUUAUUCAAAGCAUUUGAAGAGGAGGAAAUGGAGAUGCAUGAGCGGGCAGAGGACGAAACCAAAACUGUGAAGCAGAAACUGCGGGAAGUGCAGCAUGUGCUCCAAGAAGAAAUUAAAGAAAAGCUGAUGGUCAAAAAAGACUCAGAAGAUCUAAAAAAUGAAUUAUUGGCCACAAAACAAAAACUAGAGGAGGAAAAAAUAGAAGUUUCUAUAAAUACAAACAUGCCCGAGACUGAAAUGACAGCAAAAGAGUGUAAAAGAGCUCUCAAACAGCUCAAACUAGAACACAAAGCAGCCAAGAAGAAUUUAAAAGUGAAAGCAAAAGAGGCCAAAAAGAAACUGAAAGGAAAAGUGAAAGAGGCCGAGCAGCAGCUGCUGAACACAAUGAAAGAGCUGAAGAAGCAGAAGAAAUCCACUAAGACUUGAAGUCCACUUCCUCUUUCUCCUCCUUCCCUCCCUCUCCUCAUCCUUCCCUCUGUCUCCUCCUUCCCUCUGUCUCCUCAUGCCCCCCCUCCUCCCACCACACCUUUCUCUUUAACACCCCUAACCUUCCAUUUUUCCUCCCUCCCUUUCCCUCUAUCUUUCCCAUCUCCUUUUUGACUUGUUUCAAGUUAUAUUUCCUCCCAUUCUUUAGUUAUUAAGUUUCCUUUUUUAGUGAUUGAGUUUCCUAAAUGUUAGUUGUUAAGUUUCUUUUUUUUAGUUGUUGAGUUUCCUAAAUGUUAGUUGUUAAGUUUCCU